AUGAGAAGUACUUCAAAUGAUGUUUUUGUUAACAACAGGUAUUCUUGUAAUUCUGCACAUCUCCUUGCGCUUUUUGGACUUUGUAUUUGAAAUAUUUACGAUAAUCAAAAUCAAAUUUUUAGGUGUUCAACAAUGGCACGUACCAAGAAGAUGUCAACAAUGAACAAUUCUAUCAAAAUCCCAAACGUUGAUAAUUUGUUGUUGGAAAGUAGAAACAAUUUAUGUGAUCAAUCAGAAAUGCCAACACAAAAUGCCUUACCUGAAGAUGAAUUUCAAUCAGACGAGGAUUUUAUGAACUCCUUCUUUGUUAAAACAACUGAUCAAUCAAAAUUGUCAUCAAUGGAAACAAAAUCCGCUGAAGUUGUUGUCAAUAAUACACCGGAUAUCAUAAUUGUUGAGAAUAAUGUGGUGAGUUAAUAUUAAAAUUCGUAAUUAAUGAUGAUUCAAUUUUUUUCAUUUUAGGUCGAUUCUACUCGUUCAGUUCGUCAGCAUUAUGAUGGGCACAAUUCCUUCUCCUGCACUUCCAGUAACUGCACCGACUGUCUUAAAAUCUCUCCCAUCGAUUGGUCAAUUAUAUCGACUGCAUAUAAUGCCAUCGAGGAUGUUGAAAUGACAAAUUUUACUCCCAAAAACCCUUGUGAUCAAUCAAAAUUGCCAACACAAAAUACCCUUCCUGAAGAUGAAUUUCAAUCAGACGAGGAUUUUAUGAACUCCUUCUUUGUUAAAACAACUGGUAAAUCAAAAUUGUCAUCAAUAGAAACAAAAUCUGCAGAAGCUGUCGUCAAUAUAAGAUCUGAUGUUAGAGUUGUUGAGAAAUAUGUGGUGAGUUAAUAUUAAAAUUUGUUAUCAAUGAUGAUUUAAUUUAUUUUACUUCAGGUCGAUUUCACUCGUUCAGUUGGCCAGGUUUAUGAUGGGCACGAUUCCUACUCUUGCACUGAUUUUAACUGCGUCGACUGUCUUGACAUCUCUUCAAUCGAGUGCUCAAUUCCAUCAACUGCACAUAAUGCCAUCAAGGAUGUUGAAAUGACAAAUUUUACUUCCAAAAACCCUGGUGUUGCUAUUCAAUCUCGAACAACGAAACGGGGAAGAGUUAUUACGAAAAGGGUUAGUCUUAGAUUAUAAUAUUAACGAGAAUAAAAUGAAAUAUGUUGUUAUUUUCAGAAUUCAUCUUCAAUUGAAUCACCUUGUCCACCCAAAAAAGCAAAGUUCAUAUCGGCAAAUGAUAAACCAACAACAUCAGCACAAACAUGUGGAUUUUCCGAUGACAGCGAAUUGCCGAGAAGUCCACCAAAUAUGAAUUGUCAUGAAUCGAUUCUUUUUGAUGAAAUUGAUGAUGUCACCAUUUCUCUCAAUUUAGAUUCAACAAGAGAAAGGUAAACUAUAAAAUAUACUAUGAAAUUAUAUCAAUUUUAAUUUUUUCUAGUGCUACUCCUCCUUUGGUAUUGCAUCAAGCUGAAAUCGUUCCAAUUGAGCAACCAAACCAUAAUGAACCUGGUAUUAUCAAUGUUCGUCCUAGUGUAUCAAAAAAUAUGCCAACGUCUUUAUCAAUUCAAGGAAAUGCUGAUAUUUUUGAUGAAGUAGAGAUUUCUCUCAAUUUAGAUUCAACAAGAGAUCGGUAAGUUAUCAAAAAUAAAAUGAAGUCACAUAAUUAAUUAUCAAUUAUUUAUAGUGCUACUCCUCCUUUGGUGCUUCAUCAAGCUGAAAUUGUUCCAGUUGAGCAACCAAAAAUCAAGACAAUUGUGAAGGGUCGCCCUCGUGGAGCAAAAAAUAAGCCAAAGAUUGUGAAGAAAAACGAAUAUGGAUUUGAUUCCGAAGACGAGUCUGUAAAACAAACAGUUAGUUAUGAUGAAAAGCGUGAUCUUGCUUUGGCAGUUUUGAAGAUGGAAGUUAGUCAAGUUCGUCAAGUUAUCGAAAUCUUGAAACACCGUGGAUUCCAAAAUACUUGGAUUGAAACUCAAAAACAUUUGAUUUUUGACUUUAGUGAUUUGGAUAAUGUCACCUUUUACGAAAUCAAAUCGUUCAAGAAUUACGAGGAGGAAAAAACUGAAAAGAAAAAACGAUUUGGUGAGUUUUUUUAUUAUCAAAAAUAUCAAUUUCUUAUUCAUUUCAAUUUUUCAGUUAGCAACGAUCCAAUUGUAUGUCAAAAAAAGAUUGAAGAAAUCACCAAAGAGAUUGCAAAAAUUGAAGAAGAACAAAAACGUAUUGAAGAAAUGGAAAUUAGUCUAGGUGGUCUUAGUUCUCGAAAAGAUUGGAAAACAGGAAGAAAGAAGGUUCUUACAAAAUCGAGAGCAAAACCGAAGCCGAAUCCGAAAACACAAUUGCAAUCAAAAUCAAUCGAAAGUUCUUCAACUACUCAACAACAAAUUAAUGAUUUACCAAAUCAUCUGAACUUGUCCGAAUCUUCUUCGUCAUCUUCUUCGAGUGAUUCAUCCGAUUCUGAAGAUUUGUAA